AAGGGAAGCCCACUAAAACGACGUAGUUUUAAGUACCGGAAGUUGUGUCUAACUAACGGAUACUGGCCACACUGCCCUUUUCUUGAAACGGAGAAAAUGGGCUCCCAGAGGGUGCAACACCAGGGGCCGCCAUUGAUGCGAUUUCUUUUCUUUUACUCCCAAUUUUCUUGGUCACCAAACAGAGAGUUUAACAUGGUUUUUGGGAUUCGAGUUUAUUCGUGUUUGCUCUGAGAUGGUGAAACCACUGAACCAAAAUCUCAUCUUUAGAGUCCCCUCCACAUGUAUUUCCCGCCAGAAUAAACUGUCCCAUUUUCACACAAAGACUCAACUGAUUCAACGGCUUCAAGAUUGUAAUGACAUCACGUCCGUAUCCUUCAGCCACACCAACGUUCUAAAAUCUGGAUUCUUAAACGAUACCUUCACCACCAACCAUCUCAUUAAUUCCUAUGUAAGAAUCCGAAGAACCAACGAUGCAAGCCAGCUGUUUGAAGAAAUGCGCGAACCAAAUGUGAUCUCGUUUACUUCGCUCAUGGCCGGUUUCAUCAAAGUGGGUCGGCCUAAAUCAGCACUCUUGAUUUUUUGUAAAAUGCUCGAAAGUUGGGUUUUGCCCAAUGCCUUCACAUUUGCAACUGUCGUCAAUGCUUGUUCAAUGCUCGCCGACCUCAGAACCGGCCAAAAGAUCCAUUCCCAUGUUGAAAUGUUUGGUGUCCAAUGUAACCUGGUAGUGUGUUCUUCCCUCAUUGAUAUGUACGGGAAAUGCAACAAUGUAGACGAUGCUCGACGGGUUUUUGACGGCAUGGAUUAUAGGAAUGUUGUUUCUUGGACUUCCAUGAUCACAGCGUAUGGGCAGAAUGCAUUAGGCGAAUGUGCACUGCAACUUUUCAGAGAAUUCAAUGGUUUGCCAUUGAGCUCUCCAAACCAUUUCAUGUUAGCCAGUGUGAUUAAUGCUUGUGCAAGCUUGGGUAGGCUAGUUUCUGGGAAAGUGGCUCAUGCAGCAGUGAUUCGCCGUGGGCAUGAAUCAAAUGAUGUAGUGGCAAGUGCCCUGGUCGACAUGUAUGCCAAAUGCGGGUGUAUUGGUUAUUCUGACAAGGUAUUUAGAAGAAUCCCGGAUCCUUCUGUAAUCCCAUACACUUCUAUGAUCGUGGGAGCUGCCAAGUAUGGGCUUGGAAAAUUCUCCCUUGAUAUCUUUAAGGAGAUGCUCGAUAGAAGAAUAAAACCCAAUGAUGUCACCUUUGUUGGGGUUUUACAUGCUUGUAGCCAUUCGGGUCUGGUUGAUGAUGGCCUUGAAUAUCUGCAUUCCAUGCACAAAAAGCAUGGGGUGGUGCCUGAUACUAAGCACUAUACUUGUGUGGUUGAUAUGCUUGGGCGAACUGGUAGGCUUGAUGAGGCUCACCAGUUAGCAAAGUCUAUCCAAGUAGAACCAGACCAAGGAGCGCUCUUGUGGGGCACGCUUCUUUCAGCUAGUAGGCUGUAUGGGAGGGUGGAUAUUGCUGUUGAGGCUAGCAAGUGGCUAAUAGAAUCAAAUCAGCAGGUAGCGGCGGCAUAUGUCACCAUGUCCAACACAUACGCAAUGGCUGGGAAGUGGGAGAAUGUUCAUAGCAUUAGAUAUGAAAUGAAACACUAUGGUGUUUACAAGGAACCAGGUUGCAGUUGGGUGGAGAUACGGGAUUCGGCUUAUGUGUUCUACGCUGGAGAUGUAUCUUUGUGUGCUAGAGGCAGUGAGGUGGCGAGCUUGUUGAGGGAGUUGGAGAGAAGAAUGAAGGAAAGGGGUUAUGUGGGAGGAAGCAGGGGGUUGGUGUCUAUUGAUGUGGAAGAGGAGGCCAAGGAGGAAAUAGUGGGGCUCCACAGUGAGAGAUUGGCCUUGGCUUUUGGGUUGAUAAGCAUACCUAAAGGAGUGACCAUUAGAGUGAUGAAGAACUUGAGAAUGUGCCGGGACUGUCAUGAAGCUUUCAAGCUGAUUAGUGAGAUUGUGGAGAGGGACUUUGUUGUGAGGGAUGUAAACAGAUUUCAUCAUUUUGAAAAUGGUUCUUGCACUUGCAGGGAUUUCUGGUGAUGGUCAUCCUCUCUCUCUCUUAGAGAAGAUGCAAAGUAACCAAAGAUAAUAUACUUAUUAACUAGAAAAUUGCUUAUGACUCGGAAGGCCAGGGCAAAGAAAUGUGGUGUGUCCUGGCUCCACAGUCCACACAGAUCUCUGAAAUGGAUAUGACAUCAAAUAAAGAGUUCAAGGAA